AUGUUAUCAGCAAUUAUUAUCAUCCUAAUUGCAUUUAUCAAUUUGGUUAUUUGCACUGAUUUCUCCAAAAUUGUUGACUGGGAAAAGCGCACAUUGACAUGUUUUGGUAAUGAUAUUCAAAAUAGAGCUGAUUAUGGGUUGACAUGUAAAUUAGCAAUUGCUGACAGCGCGAAACUUCUUGAAACCGAAUGCUACAAUGAAAAAUACACGGAGGAAUCAUUUAUUGAAGCAAAUAAAGGUAAUAAUAGAAUUUUGCCAAAACUCGUUCGUACUGUUUGUGAUAUACAAUGUAAAGGUGCUGAUCGUGAUUCUGUUAUUUCAAAAAUUCCAAAUUCAGUUCACGAAUGUGUCCGAUGGUAUAAUUAUAACACUUUAAAAAGAGGUGAUCAAUGGUAUAUUUGGAGAUCAGGGAAAUGUCGUAAUGUAACGAUAACAUUUGAAGUACAUUGUGGUUUUCCAACAAAUAAACCAAAUGAUAUUAAUAUUUUAGCGCAAAAUAAUAUUAGCCUUUCAACAAAAAUUCAUUUAUAA